AUGUGGAGCAACGUUCGCCUAAUUACAGGCCUCUUGCCACUCCUAGGCUUGGUUACUGCCCAAAGCAAUUUUCAGAAGCAGUGCAGCGAUGUGAGGGCUGCUGUCGCUGGGAUACCCAAUGUCACUGUCAAUAUUGUCGAUUUUGUCCCCGGCGGAACCAAUGUGACAUUCCCUGACAACGAUGUUACAUGUGCAGCCUCCCAGGUUGUCUAUGGAGGUGACUUGUGUCGAAUCACCAUGAACAUUGCGACAUCGGCCAGUUCCGGCAUCACACUGGAGGCAUGGCUUCCAGUGAAUUGGACAGGGCGAUUCUUGUCGGUCGGCAAUGGUGGCCUGAAUGGCUGUAUCUCAUAUGCAGACCUUGCCUACGCUGCAUCCUUUGGGUUUGCGGCUGUAGGUGCAAACAACGGCCACAAUGGUACCAGCGGAAAACCUUUCCUGAAUUCCCCAGGGGUCGUUGAAGACUUUGCAUAUCGCUCUGUUCACACCGGCGUCGUUGUGGGCAAGCAAGUCACAAAACUUUUGUACGGCCGCGAUCACUCCUAUAGUUAUUAUCUCGGAUGUUCGACUGGUGGACGGCAAGGCUUUAAAUCAGCCCAGUCUUUCCCGAACGAUUUCGAUGGCAUUGUGGCCGGAGCCCCUGCGUUCGACUUCAACAACCUCAAUAGCUGGGGUGGCUGGCAGGCGGUCCUGGCGGGGUUUGACAACACUUCUGCCUCUUUUGUCUCACUCCCACAGUGGGUAAGCGUACAGGCCGAAGUCAUUCGGCAGUGUGACGGCUUGGAUGGCGCAUUGGACGGAAUAAUCGAGGACCCUUCAAUGUGCUUCCCCAAAAUCUCGUCACUCAUCUGCAAUGCUACAUCCAAUACCAGCACCUGCCUAUCCGGCGCACAAGCGACUACUGUUAAAAAUCUCUUCGCUGACUCAUAUGGCGAAAAUGGAACCUUGUUCUAUCCAAGAAGUCAGCCAGGCGUUGAGGCGCAAGUAUCAGCAAUCUUUCGUGCAGGGCAGAUGUUUGUAUAUCCUCUGGAGUGGUACCGUUAUGCGAUAUUCAACGAUCCAAAUUGGGACCCUUCCACUCUGACCCUUGAGGACAUUGCGUAUAGCGAGGAAAUAGAUCUCUUUGGCAUCUCUACAUUCGAUGCGGAUCUCUCCUCGUUCAACGCCACAGGAGGCAAGAUCCUUCAUUAUCACGGACAGGCAGACCCGAUCAUCAGCUCGCUCAACAGCCCCAGAUACUACGAGAAGGUGGCUGCCAACAUGUCACUGUCGCCUUCAGAGCUUGAUGAGUUUUAUCGUUUCUUCCGUGUCAGUGGCAUGGGACACUGUGGUGGUGGAAACGGGGCAUGGGACAUCGGAAAUCGCUAUACUGGUCGUCCGCAGGCUGCAAGCACACCGGAGGACAAUGUGCUUCUCGCUAUGGUUGAGUGGGUGGAAGAAGGCAAGGCACCAGAGUCCAUCACAGGUUAUGGCUACGGAAAGCUGCCCACUGCUGGUAAUGUGACAACGACGAGGAAGCAUUGCAAAUACCCCGGCCGAAACGUUUACGUCGGACCUGGACCUAACACUGAUCCAAGCGCUUGGAAAUGUAUUUAG